AUGUCAUCAUUCUUCUUCUCCACCCCCGUUGACAUCGACAUCGUCCUUGAAGACACCGAUGGUCGACAGACUGUUGAUGUCAAGCUCGACAAGAAUCGAAGGGAGAAGGCGCCUUUGUACUUUGAUGGGGAAUCCGUGAAAGGAGCUGUGACAAUUAGACCUAAAGAUGGAAGACGGUUAGAACAUACUGGAAUCAAGGUCCAGUUUAUCGGCUUGAUCGAAAUGUUCUUUGAUCGAGGUAACCACUACGAGUUUCUGUCCCUUGGUCAAGAGCUAGCUGCGCCUGGCGAACUUCAGCACCCCCAGACCUUCCCAUUCAAUUUCAAAAAUGUCGAGAAGCAAUACGAGUCAUACCAGGGCAUCAAUGUCAAGUUACGCUACUUCGUCAGAGUCACGGUCUCGAGACGGAUGGCGGAUGUGAUUCGGGAAAAGGACAUUUGGGUCUACUCGUAUCGGAUACCCCCGGAGACAAACAGUUCCAUCAAAAUGGACGUAGGUAUCGAGGACUGUUUACAUAUAGAGUUCGAAUACUCCAAGAGCAAAUACCACCUCAAAGAUGUGAUUGUUGGUCGGAUAUACUUCUUGUUGGUCAGGUUGAAGAUCAAACACAUGGAGUUGUCCAUCAUUCGACGGGAAACCACUGGUGUGGCGCCAAACCAAUACAAUGAGAGCGAGACGUUGGUAAGAUUCGAGAUCAUGGAUGGCUCACCCUCACGAGGAGAAACCAUCCCCAUCCGCUUGUUCCUGGGAGGCUUUGACUUGACGCCGACUUUCCGAGAAGUCAACAAGAAAUACUCCACAAGGUAUUACUUGAGCUUAGUCCUCAUUGAUGAAGAUGCUCGCCGAUAUUUCAAACAAUCCGAGAUUGUAUUGUACCGGCAAGCACCAGAGACGGCACAGCAGUUGGCCAUUGACAACCCAGGAAUUGGCGGCAAGCCACCAACCCAGCCUAUUCUCACACCUGCAUAA